AUGGGGAACGCUACCAAACUGGCCAUCGCCGUGUUCCUAAUAUCGUGCUCUUCAGGAGCCAUCCUGGGCCGCUCGGAGACGCAGGAGUGUGCCUACUAUAACUCGAGCUGGGAGAAGGAGCGCACCAACCGCAGCGGCAUCGAGCCCUGCUACGGCGACAAGGACAAGCGGCUGCACUGCUUCGCCACCUGGAAGAACGUGUCGGGGAACGUGGAGGUGGUAAAGCAGGGCUGCUGGCUGGACGACGUCAACUGCUACGACAGCACCGAGUGUGUGGAGAAGAAGGAGAGCCCUGACGUCUACUUCUGCUGCUGCGAGGGGAGCAUGUGCAACGAGAAGUUCCUCUACGCUCCGGACGGCCCGCCCCAGAGCCAGACCCACCAGUCCACCGCCUACACGACGUCCAACCCGUUCCCGCCAAAGCCACCCAUCUUCAGCACGCUGCUCUACUCGCUGGUACCCAUCGUGGGGCUGGCGGCCGUGGUCCUCUUCUCCUUCUGGAUGUGGAGGCAUCACAAGCUGGCCUAUCCUGCCGCUCUGGUGCCCACUCAUGACCCCGGCCCGGCCCCGCCCUCCCCCACACUGGGACAGAAGCCGCUGCAGCUCAUCGAGGUGAAGGCCCGCGGGCGAUUCGGCUGCGUGUGGAAGGCCCAGCUGCUCAACGACUUCGUGGCCGUCAAGAUCUUCCCCAUCCAGGACAAGCUGUCGUGGCAGAACGAGUACGAGAUCUACAGCCUCAGCGGCAUGAAGCACGACAACCUGCUGCACUUCAUCGGCGUCGAGAAGAGAAACCACAACCUGGACCUGGAGCUCUGGCUCAUCACCACCUACCACGACAAGGGCUCUUUGACGGACUACCUGAAGGCCAACGUGGUGUCGUGGUCCGAGCUGUGCCACAUCUCCCAAACGGCGGCGCGGGGUCUGGCCUAUCUGCACGAGGAUAUCCCGGGACACCGAGACGGCCACAAGCCCUCCAUCGCACACAGGGACAUCAAGAGCAAGAACGUGCUGCUGAAGAACAACCUGACGGCCUGCAUCGCUGACUUCGGCCUCGCACUUAAGUUUGAGGCGGGGAAGUCUGCCGGAGACACACAUGGACAGGUGGGCACCCGGCGGUACAUGGCCCCUGAGGUGCUUGAAGGGGCCAUAAACUUCCAGCGGGACUCGUUCCUGAGGAUCGACAUGUACGCCUUCGGCCUGGUGCUGUGGGAGCUGGCGGCGCGCUGCACGGCGGCGGACGGUCCGGUAGACGAGUACAUGCUUCCCUUUGAGGAGGAAGUGGGGCAGCAUCCGUCUCUGGAGGACAUGCAGGAGGUGGUGGUGCACAAGAAGCUGAGGCCCUGUCUGCGCGACUGCUGGCAGAAACAUGCGGGCCUGGCCAUGCUUUGUGAGACGGUGGAGGACUGCUGGGACCACGAGGCCGAGGCGCGGCUGUCGGCCGGCUGCGUGGAGGAGCGCGUGGGGCAGAUGCAGCGGCAGGUCCCCCUCAUCGGCCCCGAGGAGAUCACUGUCGUCACCAUGGUUACCAACGUGGACCUGCCCCCCAAGGAGUCCAGUUUAUGA